UGUGUGAUCAGCUGGUAUUUGGAUAUCAGCUUGUCGGCUUGUCUCGCUUUCGAGAAGAUAGGAUAGCGCGGAAAGGAUGUCGCGAAGGGCGAUUAAAGCGAUUAAUUGGGCGGCGCUCGCCGAAAGAAUUCCGGAGACGGAAAGAAACGCAUUCGCCGCCUUUAAAGCCAAGUCUGACCAGCAUCUGCGACGAAUGGCUGCAAACCCAGAGACACCUCCGAAAAUUGAUUGGGCAUAUUACAAGAAGAAUAUCACUUUAUCUGGAUUAGUCGAUAAAUUUCAGAAGGAAUACGAAGCCUUUGUAGUACCAUAUCCAGCGGAUAAAUAUACCUCGCAACUUGAGGCUCAAGAAAAAGAAUUGCUUGCUCAAAUCGAGCAAUUUAUUAAGGAGUCGAAUGAACGCAUUGCCAGUGCCAGCAAGGAAGUCGAAAGAGUAAAGAGUUUAUUACCAUUCUCUGAAAUGACAAUGGAAGAUUUCCGAAAUUUGUAUCCAGAUCAGGCUAUACAGUCUGACAAACCAACAGUUUGGCCACACACAUAUGACGUACAGCCACAGAAUGAGAAAGGAAAACCAGUACAUCAUUAAUAUACUAUAAUAUUCAAAAUGAAAUGUAAAAUGUAGUCAUAAUUUACUUCUGGCAUAUGACUCAAUACUGUAUGCUAAAAUGAAAAAUAAUAUUGUCCUUUAUCUAUA